AUGCUCAGCCUACUCGUGAAAUCGGCAACAUGCAUCGCUUUAUUAUUAUGCUUGACUUGGUAUGGACAGACUCAUUUCUACCGUGACCCUGGUAGUGUCUUCUUCGAUAAGGCACGAGCAUACGAGACACAGUACUCAGAACACCGCAAGGCCGAAGUCGAGAAGCUAAUAAACUCGUAUCCGGGGCCGAAAAAGCCGGCUCUGGGCAAAGCAAGAGAUGGAAACAAACUCCUCUGCGUAGCACUGAGCUCCGUGAAGCGUGAGACACAAUAUCUCCCUACGACAAUAGGAAGUAUGCUACACGGCCUUUCGAAACAAGAACGAGAUGACCUCCAUAUAUCUAUCUUGAUAGCAGAAACCGAUCCAAGACGCCAUCCCGGCUGGAACCACCAAUGGCUGAACCAUGCGGCCGAUGAUAUCUUUACCUAUGAUCUCAACGACACACAAACGAAACACUUGAAUGACCUCGAAGAAAACGGACGAUAUCACGAGAAAGGGGUAUUCGACUACACUUGUGCCCUCGAACGAUGUUAUAAUACCGGCGCAUUAUACGUUGGCAUGUUUGAGGACGAUAUAAUCCUUGCUGAUGGAUGGUUCAUCAAGGUUCUACAAGGACUAGCAGAGAUAUCUGACUCUGGCCGCUGGCUGUUCAUGCGUCUUUUCAAUCAGGAGAGAUCAACAGGCUGGUCGAGUCGAGACAUUGGCGGCAAUAACGAAUUGUUGAUUAUUUUAGGCAUUGAUAUAGGAAUCGCAGCCUCCGUAUGGCUCUCUGGCAAAGCAUCAUUAUUUCCGCCAUCGCCUGGAGUGUUCAAAGAACCUUUUGGUUGUUGCUCACAGGCUAUGAUUUUCCCACGAUCUCAAGUCCCCUUGUUGAUGGAUAGCCUGAGGGACAGGAGGGAGGGGCAGAUAGACUUGAUGCUCGACGAGAUUGCUUCGAGUAAUGGGCUUGAUAGAUAUGCUUUGUACCCAGUUCAGACACAGCACAUUGGAAUCGAUUCAGCAAGAAAGACAACAAAGGAUGAGGCUCAAGCUAUAUGGAGCAUGGCCUUUGAAAAUCAAGACCCCAGAACUCUAAAGAAACAGCAUACGAGGUUGCUCGAAAAAUACCAACUAUGGCGCGAGAAGGCUGAGCAAGACGUUAUCGACUCUAUAUAUCUCGAUGAGUUAUCAUAG